AUGGAAAUGAAAAAGUCAAGCAUAUACAGACUGAUGACAGUAAAAUAUGAAAGCCAAGUCUGUACAACACGCCAACAAAUGCUUAUGAGAAUUGCGCUGCGUAAUCCUCUUUACAGCAUUAUGAACAGCAAUCGUCUAUUUGAGCUUUUAAAUAGGGCAGCUAAUUUGCUUCACCUAUCGUACAUAGAAAUCUGUCAACUGGCAAUUCUCUUAGAAUCGUGCAAAUUUUCAUUCAGCUUUACAUGUGAAGAGUUUCUUGUUUUUUUGUCAUAUAUCGUGAAAGCCAAUUUUACGACAAAAAUUGGGGUCUAUGAACAGAAACUCGCAAAAACGUUUAAAUCAUUCCAUCUAAAAUACUUAAACUUCAUUAAUCUAAAUCCAUCACUCAAAGCAUCCAGCACUUACGAUGUCAUAAAGAAGUUCAAAGAACUUGCAGAAGGUCCGGUUGUUAGUAACUCCCACCCUCAUUGAGCUAUUAAAGCUUUUGCUUGAUUAUUUUUAAGGCGCAAUUAAAAAAUUUUCAUAUAAUUAAUUAUAUAUCCAAGCCUCAUAAAUAGAUUUUUAAAUAAUUUUUAGGGAUUGAGUAAGCAAACUGCAGAUGAGCUAGAGAAUAAUCUAGAAAUCAUAAUGAUUACUGGUUAUAAAAGAAAGCACUCAUCAUUUGGUGAAGGAGACGAAUAUGCAAUAAGUGAGCAGCUCAAAAAAGUCAAAAAUGAAUUCUUCAUGGGCGAAGAACUGGAAGAUUUAGAUUGUGAAUAA